AUCCGGUUUUUCUUGUAAUGAAUUAAAAUUUGUUUAUGUUUAUUGUUUUUUUUUCCUUCUAAUAAAGAAGAGUAAAUAUUUAUCUUCUUCCAAAGUUCAAUCAAUCAUAGCAUAAUCUUCUAAAGUACAUCAGAAACAUGGAAAGAAAAAAUCGCUGUUGCAUUGCAACAUGCAAAGGUGAACGCUUCGACUUAGCUCACAAGUUUCCCCGAUCUCAGGAAGUAGCAGACUCUUGGCUCCAAGCUAUCGAUAAUCCUAAUUUAAGGACCAUACAUUUAAGAAAACUAAAUGAAAGCUAUCAAGUAUGUGCUCGCCAUUUCAAGAUUUCCGAUUACAAACAUUCACAGUCGAGAAGUUUGAAUAAAUUAGCAAUUCCUUCUCUAAAUCUCAAGAAUUUAAAUCAAUUGCACUUGGCUAGAGAUUCAACUCCUCGUGAAGUCGAAAAUUCUCCUUUAAACUUGAAAAAUUUCAAUCAAAUGGAAAUAGGUUGUGAGUUAAUUGCUCGUGAAACUCAAGCUCUUCCUUUGAAUUUGGAAAAUUCGAAUCAUGCGGACGUACCUAAUGAUUCAAUUCAAAAUGAAACCGAAACGUUAUUAGAGAUCGAAAAUGACCAAUUAAAUAUAACAUUUGAGGAAAAUAAACCAACUAACGAGGCUAUUGAUGAGGAAAAACAUAAUUCGGCGGAUAACAUAGAAUACGUUGAAGUAACUUCUGACGAAAUGGAUCUAGAUUCUAUAAACACUCAAUUGGAUCCUGAUGGGGAGAAAAAUACAUUCAAGGUUAUAGAUUACACAACAAGUUUAGAAAUACUACAUUCCAAUUAUGAAAAGCCAUUCAAUUUGGAUGCAUUUUGGCUGCGAUGUCAUUGCCAAUGCUCCGAAUGUUUCGAUUCAGAAACGAAAAGAAAAAAAUUUAGUCCCCUGGACAUACCCAUCUAUAUUCAAACAAAAGAAAUAAUUGAAGGUGUAACUGAAGAUAGUUUUCUUGUAGAAUGGGAGGAUGGUCACUGUUCCACAUACAAUAUUGAGUUCCUAUUACAAAUCGAUGUUACAAAGAAAAGGUGUUUUUUGAAGAAACUUCCGUUUAACUCGAAUACAUUUCAGAAACCUCCACAAAUUGAUUUUAUUAAUUUGGUGUCAUUUGAUGAUAGAAUAGCCAAGACUUUUAAAAAUCUGAUUUUACAUGGAUUCAUUUGUGUGACAGGAAUUUCAAUACAGAACACUUCAAUGGCCAAACUAAUCAUUGAAAGAUUGUUUCCAAAUCAGCAGGCUAUAAACUUCCAACCGUUCGAUGAAAUUCACUCAGACAUCUGCACAAAUCUCACAUGCGCCAAUUUUGAUUGUGGUUUGAAAUUCUUCUUUGUUACUCAAAAAUCAAAAAUUAUUUUAGUCGAUGGUCAGAAUAUUAUAGAAGAGCUCAAACAAUUUGAUAUGCAUGCCUUCCAAUUGCUCACAAGUACCUCGGUCCCUAUCAACAUUCGGGACAAUAAUGUUUACCAUGAAAAAUCUACACCCAUUAUCGAAAUAGAAAAUGAAAUAGAAGGAAAUUUAAAAAUUCAAUUGGAUAUGCAAACAUUUGGCAUGCUAAAUAUAUUGCCACAAGACAAAAUUGCAAACUUUUAUCAUAGUUUGGAACAGUUAAUGACUAUUAUAAGAAAAAAUAAAAAUCAAAUCAUUUUAACUUUAGAACCAGGAACAAUGAUAAUUCUAGAUAAUUGGAGAGUUUUGCAUAAGAUGUGUAGUAAUCUGGGAAUACAACAGUGUUAUUUAAGCAGAAACGAUUACAUUGGUCGUUCAAGGGUGUCUUUUCUCAAAUCCUCACUAGUUUUCGGAUUCUUCGCACUCUAAUUAUUCAUUCAAAAACUGAAUCGACUCCAACUUUGAAGAAACAACAUUCAAAAAACUAAUAAAAUAAAAAAAAAAUUCGACUAUGUCAGACUCAGCUAAAUCAUCACUCUUUUCACUAAGCAUUCUCAAUUCACAUGAAUCUUGUUUAAACCCAAAAGUAAUUCCAUUAACAAAACCACAUUAUGCAUACGAGUCUUUGGUGGAAGGAUGCCACAGAAAAUCUGAUAAAACAAAUUCCAAUUUGGAAACUGAUUACAAAUUAGAAUCUGCUCAAAAAUGGAUAACGUUCCCUGGAAAGCAUCAAGUCGAAUUUCCUGUUCAAACAAUUCAACCAAAAGUUCAAAUGCUUCGACAAGUUCCUAUAAGACAGUUGCCUCGUGAUGUGGAAAUUGACCGGCGUCGCAGACAGCAUUCGAAUGUAAAAAUCUAUGAACUUCUUCAAAAAGCAGGCAUUUCAAACUCAAAACUUGUUAACAACGAAGAAGAACCAAGAAGAGUCACAUUCGUGGGUGAUAUCAGUGUAAGUUUACACGUUUUUGAUGAUGAUAGUUUUGAUACAGACACCAUCAGUGGGUGGCUUGAUAAGGGCUUAAUUGAUGGCGUGAGACAUCCUUUACCAGCAUGGGGUUUAAUUAAAACUAAAAUUGGGGAUUUUUCCUGGCAAAUUGUGGCAGUUUAUAAUUACAACAAAGAAGCUCUUAAAUUUACUGUCAUCGAUCUUCAAGAAGCGAAAACACAUAAAUUGUAUAGAAUCCAUCUUAUGUUCAUGGCCGAAAAUCCAUACAGUUUCUUAGAACGAAUCAAAUCUGCACUGACUCGAAGAAGUGAUUUCGAGGCUCACGUAAGAUACCAAAUGAUUUUGGAUUGCACUAUGUACGAUGAAGUCCCAAAAAUGAAUCAAUCGUUACUCAAUCGAAUAUUCAAACUAUCCUUGAUGGAAGAAAGUUCUCAUGAAGAUUAUAUAUUCAAAAAUGUGACCAAUGAAAUUUUAUUUCAAUAUCAGCGAGUCAUGGUCUCAUAUGAGCUACAGAACUUUCUUCAAAAUCAUUCUGGAGAACUUAAAUUUAUAAAACCCACCCAGCCAAAUUUAAAUUUGCCUAGAAAAUGUUUGCAUAGAACGACAGAAGAUGUACGAAAUCGGUUCGAGAGAUCGAAGAAAUAUUUUCGUGUAUCCACCCUCUUUUACACCGGAGAAUCCAUUCAAGCCAUGUUAAGCGCAUCGCUCGAAUGCGUACACAUUGAAUCAUUGUCUCUGUUUACAUGUUUUUUUACGAAAUCAGUUGCUUUAUCAGAUUUUGUUAGUGCUCAGGAAUCGUGCUCCUCCACAGUGAUUAAGUAUUUAAAAUACUCGUGGCCUGAAAACCUCUCCACAAAAAUUUGCCUCUGCCUUCGAAGUAUUGGAAAAGGUUGGUUAGAUCUUUCAGUCUCUGACUGGAAUGUCUUCAAAGUAGCAAAGAUCUCUAGAUUUUUUCUCCAGACAAAAUUUAGAAUGCAGCAAUCUCUGCAAAUUCUCAUGGAGAAAUCUAUAAUUAACUACAGUAACUUGCUAAAUAAUUCCUGCUUAGACUUUCUGGAUCUCAAAAAUGAUUACGUUUGGAACAAUGAUUUACGUACAACCCCUUUCAACAGAUUGAAUCUACCGCCGGUUUUCAAAAUUGUCUUGCAAUUGUGUAGUAACGGUCCGUUCUAUUCCACUGAUCCAAAAGAAUUUGAACCUACAGUAACGAAAAUUUUAUACACAACGCUUAUGUCAACUUGUGGUAUCCGGAUAAUUGAACCCGAUAGUUUACUCAACUUGUCUUUUGCCAAGAAUUUGUGCAUUUUUACUGUGGAACUGAUUGAAGAAAUGUACAUAAAACAUGUGGAAUAUCUUCACACGUCUUACUCCAAAGCAGUGAUACCCCUGAAUGCAUAUCUGGAGAAAUUUAAAUGUUUCGUAGAAUUCCAUGAAAUGGUGGUUGAUGAGUACGUUCAAAAUUUUGCGCAAUUAGAAAAGUCUUCACAAGAAGUCAAACAUGAAAUCAUCUGGCAGAAAGAACAAAAAGAGAACUUAAAAGUUAUUCUUCCUGAACACAUUGUUAUCGGACCAUUUCAGAUCAUAGUUGAGCCGUUGAAGAAAUAUCUGAUACACAAGCGAACUGAGAUCAUUCGCAAACUAUUUUUAUAUUAUGUGGAUCGUAUGUUUAACAUAAAUGAAGAACUUCUUCAAGAAUUAAUCGAAAUUAAUGGGAAACUAAAUGAAAAAUUAUUAUCCGUUGAACAACUCUUUGAGGUCAAAGCUUUUAUGGAGCUUGUACCGGAUAAGAUGACUAUUAUGCGAGAACGUAUUCAAAUUAUGAUUCUGGAAUACAACAUUCUGGAUUCGUUUUUCUACAAUUUAAGUGAUCAACAAUUCGCUAUGAAAUGGGAAGCAAUUGCGUGGCCGCAUAAAAUAAUGAAACGUUUGAUUGCUAUGAAGGAAGAACAUAAAAUUGAUAUUGAGGAAUUCAAACGUAUUCAAAUUAGAGAACUGGCUUUAUUUCAGGAACGAUUGGAGUCAUUGAAUGAGGAAAUUAUGUCAUUCUCUUUACAAUUCGAUCCAGAGAAGGCUCUUGAGGUUGCUGUCGAGGCGAAAAAAACCUGGAAACUCAUAAUUGAUUUACAAAAAGUUGGAAAUCUUCUACAAGACAGACAAGUUCUUUUUGAAACCGAUGAACUCUCCCUAGACUAUCUGGAGAGUAUAAUUGAAAGCUUUAUCCCCUAUCGGACUAUGUGGACUGCUUGUUCUGAUUUUAUUAAGCUUGAAGAAAUUACAAUUGGCAAUCCCCUGACUUCAAUUGAUUUGCAUGAAAUAAAAGAAAACAUUUCGGAGCUGACUCGGGAUUUUGAAAAAUCUGUAGAAAUUUUCAAAGAAAAAGAAGAAGUUCAAAAUGUUGCAAUUGUAUUUUUACAAAAAAUUCAAGACUUUCAGCCAACUGUCGAAACAAUUGAAUGUAUUAAAAAUGAAAAUUGGUUAAUAAUGCAUUGGCAAGAAUUAGCUCAACGGUCUGGAAUGGAUAUUAAAUUUUCGGUUGCUAUGAAUUUUUCAUACUGCAUUAAAAAGGGAAUCUUAAACCAUGUUUUGUUGGUCAAAGACAUUGCUGAAAAAGCAGUACUUGAAGCAGAUAAUAUACGAUUAGCAAUGGAAGAAGAAGAGCGUUUAAAACAAGAAGCAGAAUUGGCUUUGCUCGAAAAGAAAAAAAAUCGAAAAUGUCGCACUGAUAUAUAGUACCUAAACAAAAAUAUUGUCACUGAACUGUUACUUUAUUAACUAUAUUCGAUUAUAUUCAAAUGUGAGGUUUUAAA